AUGGUUAUAUUCAAAUUAAUUCAAAAAGAAUAUAAUCAUGAUGCCCAAAUUAUAUUUAUAUGGAAAUUACAAAAACUUACUCAUAUAUUAGAAUAUGAGGAUAUUUUAAAGAAAUUACAUGAAUUAAAUAAUUUCAAAUAUAAAGAUUAUAUCAUUCAAUGGAAUUAUAAUCAUAAUCUGUGUCAAAUUACAAAUACAGAAGAUUUAAAAAAUGCCCUCAAACAAUUAUAUCGUAAAUAUAUCAAAAAUCGAUGUAUCCGAUUUCAUAUUACACCAUUAUCAUAUUAUCAUGAAUAUGGACCACCGCCACCGUAUGAAAUUACUUCUUCUUCUUCAUUAUUAUAG